CAUAUCUUUCGACUUCUGAUUUUUUAUUUCUUAGCGAACAAUUUAAUGGAUUUAAACACAUGGGUAUCCGACAAUGCCAUGAAGCUAUUUGGCAUGUCCGAGCGAACGAUGGUUGAUUUCAUAAUCGCCACAGCUCGAAAAUCUUCUUCACCCGACGCACUGUACAGCUCGUUACAAGCUGCCGGAGCACCUUCCGAUGAUUCAGCACGACGAUUCGCAUUGGAACUGUACGGACGAGUACCACACAAGCAAUCGACGUCAGUUGCAGCUGCUGCUGCGGUAGCAGCCAAAGCACAACGUAAAAAAGAGGAAAAAGAAGCUGCGAAAUUACGAAAAGCAAAUGCAUCGUUCCAGACGUUAUUGGAAGAGCCAACACAUACUCGUGACGACGACCAAGACGACGACCAACGGCGUUUACGUAAAAUGGAGAAAAAAUUGCGAAAGAAACAAAAGCGAGAAAAAGAAGAAUCAAAUGCUUUGAUGAGUGAUGACGACACAGAGAUCAAAACUACGGCACGCGACCGUAAACGGAAAAAAGAAGAAACCGAAGAGCAGGAAGACUUGGACGAAAAAGAAAAAGAAGAAGAGCGAUUACGGGAUAUUGCUGAACGUGAUGCACUUGCCAACCGUAUUAAGGAAAAAGAUAAGGAAAAGACGAAGCAGAUGGUUGAAGAUCGUUCGUCUAAAGAAGGCAGCGAAGCACGCAAACGAAGGAAUUUGGGUGAUGACAAAGAUGCACGGAAAUCAGUAUUACCAUCCAUCCGUGAACGUUCUCGGCAAGAGUAUCUCAAACUGCGUGAACAGCAACGAUUGGAACUUUUGCGCAAACAGAUUGAAGAUGAAGAGUUUUUGUUCAGAGAUCAAAAGUUGACCAAGCGCGAAAUCCAGGAACACGAGUACAACAAACAGGUGCUGGCACUUGCGGAAGCUCGACUCCAAAUUGACACAAAGGAAGAUGCCUACAUGAUGCCGGAAGAUUAUAUCACGGAAAAGGGCAAAAUCGACAAGAAGAAAAAAGAAAGCGCCUUGUACAAACGAUAUGAGGAUGAUGAGCAGUUUAUUUCGGAACAAGAUCAAUGGGAGCAAUUGCAAAUACAAAAAUCAGCACGACGACCUGAACGUGAAGGAGAAGACGAUUAUGAACUUGUGUUCGAUGAUGAUCAGAAGAUUGACUUUGUCAUGGCAGCCAAACUCAACGAGCCCGAGGGUGAGGAUGCCGAGUUGAUGGAUCGGAUAGACGAAGCCGAACGUAGAGCCAAGUCUAUCGAAGAAACACGAAAAUCUCUCCCUAUUUAUCAAUACCGUGACGAAUUGAUCCAGGCCAUUAACGAUUUUCAGGUGCUUAUUAUUGUCGGUGAAACUGGUAGUGGAAAGACAACGCAGUUACCGCAGUAUCUGUACGAGGCUGGCUAUACAAAGGACGGAUUGAAGAUUGGAUGUACACAGCCGCGUCGUGUGGCCGCCAUGAGCGUAGCAGCACGUGUGGCAGAGGAAAUGGGUGUUCAUCUUGGCAGCGAAGUCGGCUACAGUAUUCGUUUUGAGGACUGCACGACGGAUAAAACGACAGUAAAAUACAUGACUGAUGGUAUGCUUCUUCGCGAGUUCAUGACGGAACCCGAUCUGGCUUCAUACAGCUGUAUGAUCAUUGAUGAGGCCCACGAACGUACAUUGUCGACCGAUAUUCUGUUUGGACUUAUUAAGAUUUCGACCCGAUCUCAAGUUAUUGAUUUCUAGCGCUACCAUGAACGCACAAAAGUUUUCUGAGUUCUUUGAUGAUGCACCCAUCUUUAAUAUUCCCGGUCGGCCGUACCCAGUGGAGAUCUAUUAUACAAAG